GGCUCUGUGAGCUCUCUGGGAAGAUCUGCCCAUGGCGCAGGGCAAUGUGUGGCUACCGCAGUGCUGACAAGCAAUGCCAGCAGGUCUGACCUCCUUGCGUCCUCCACGUCGUGUCAAAACUACAUCAACACCUUGUUUACUUACUUAAUGCUGCUGCAACCACAGGGUGAGCCCAAACACUUCAAAAUGCUGCCUUGCACCCGCCGCAUGAAGUCCAGGAGUGCUUCUGGGCGCUCUCCCAUGUUGGGCCAAAGCAGCACAACUCCGGUGGGACGAGGGACCCGCCACCCAAGGGUGCACCGCUGGAACCCGCCGCCGGCCUCGCUGCACGCCCUCGCCACCUCGUGAGGCUGGGGGUGAGGCUGGGGGUGAGGCUGGCAAGGCGAGCAUGGUUGCGUCCAGCCUCAGAGCUCUCGCUUGGGGGACCCCCACCCACUCAACCCCUCCCGGCCCAGCACCCAGCCUCCCCUCGGGCCUCCCCCCAGCUCUCCCACCUCGCAGCCUCCCCCGGGGGCAGCCUGCGAGGCCCCGCGGCCAUUGGCCGCCAGCACCGGCACCGGCACCGCCUCCGCGGCCGCGCAAGCGCUGCGCCGAGCCUCCGCAGCCUCCUCCUCCUCUUCCUCACCCUCCUCCUCCUCCUCCUCCUCCUCCUCCUCCUCCUCCUCCUCCGCGGCGCCGGCAGCGCUCAGCACCGCGGACAGCGCCCCGCCGCCAGCCUCCGCCGCUGCCUCCCGCGGGCCAUGGAGGCCGCGCCGGGCUCGGCCUCGCCGCGCCGGGGGGAGCAGCGGCCCCAGGGGACUCGCGGAGGCCGCGGCCUCGCCUCGCCCAGAGAAAAACGCAAUGCAGGACCUUGCCAGACCUGCCUCGCCAUGCCAGAGAUCGCCAACACCGAGCCCAGCUACAGCGGCACCUCUUGGGAGAGAAUCUGCCCGGUCCAUCACUGCCCCGUUCCUGCAUCCCCCAGGCUGGGGGGCGACCACCUGCCCUCCUCCAGUCGCACGCUGGGGCCAGCGCCCACCCAGUCCAACGGGCAGGUACCGUCGAGCUCCCAGGACUCGCAGCAGCAUCACCUGUAUUACCCCUGCAACCAGCAGGAGCCCAGAGGCAGCUAUGGCCUGCCCCAGCUCCCCGGGCACGGCGAGAGGUCCGUGCUGUGUUCCCACCUUUCCAGCGGCGACCCCAUGCCAGCUCCCCACUGCCAGGUCUCAGAAACCCCCUGGAAACAGUGGUCCCCCGGGCAGCGACCCUCUCGGCCGGUGCAGCAUCAUGUUGUGACAGUCAGACACGACAAAGCUUUCAGGAUGCCAAAAAGUUACUCUCAGAUGAUCGCGGAGUGGCCCAUAGCCGUCCUGGUGCUGUGUUCAGUGACGGUUGUAGUUUGCACUUUAGCUGGCCUGCUUGUUGGAAAUUUGCCUGAUUUUUCUGAACCCCUAAUGGGUUUUGAGCCACGAGAUACAGACAUUGGCAGAAAGCUCGUCGUGUGGAGGAAUGUAGAGAGCCAUACAGGCUACAAGAAGACCUUCUCCCUUUCACCAUAUGCCGAGAAGAAAAGCUAUGAUGACAUUGGCAUUAGCAGAGGACAAAAGGCUGAUCAGGGAGGACAAGAAGCCAGGACACGGAGAAUGGUGGAACAAAUCUACGGAGCGGAUGGUUUCUUUUGCGGUCCCCCGGAAAAGAGCUAUUCCCAGCUGGUAUUUAUGUCCACGACUGCUGGGAGCUUAUGGAACUUGCAAGCUAUUCAGUCCAUGUGUCAAAUCGAACAAGACAAGAUACGUUCACAUGUUCAUUUUAGAGACCUCUGCCAACGUACCGAAGCCAAUGAAUGCUGCCCAAGCUGGUCUCUGGGAAACUACAUCGCUGUCCUGUACAACAGGUCCUCUUGUUUGGAGAUAACCCAAGGGGACAUCUCCCACACCCUGGCCCUCCUUCGUGCCUGUGCUCCAGACUACCACAAAGGCAUCCUCACUCCAUCUUGCAUAGGUCCUGAGACUGUGAGACAGAAACACUCUCAGUGUGCCAAAGUCCCAGAAAAAUGUACCCGCUUCAAUGCUAUUUACCAGCUUCUUCACUUCUUGGUUGACAGAGACUUUCUUAGUCCCCAGACAAUGGAGUACCAAGUGCCAUCCCUCAAAUACAGCCUGCUGUUUUUGCCUACAAGGAAAGGUGCAUCUAUGAUGGGGAUCUAUUUAGACAAUCUUGAAUCCUGGGAUCUGUUUGAUAACUAUACAUCUAUCACUGGAAUGGACCUGGGCCUUAAACAGAAACUAUUCCAGCACUAUCUUUUACUGGAUACCAAGUAUCCAGUUCUGGCAAUAUUAGCUAUUUUUCUAAGCAUUUCUUUUUAUUUACGCUCAGUCUUUAUUACUUUGAUGGUCCUGCUCGCUGUUGUUAGUUCUUUGAUGAUCUCCUACUUCUUGUACAAGGUGGCCUUCAGAUUCACCUACUUCCCUUUUGUAAACCUGACAGCGGUCAUCAUUCUCAGCAGCGUUUGUGCCAACCACACCUUUGUCUUCUUCGACCUCUGGAACCUCAGCAAGAGCCAGAACCCUUCUGCUGGAUUUUCUCAGUGGGUGAGUCAAACCAUGCACCACUUUGCGUAUCUCAUGCUGGCGUCUUGCUUCACGACGGGUGCUGCCUUCUACGCCAGCUACAUCAGCAAUAUAACAGCCAUCCGCUGCUUUGCUGUCUACAUGGGCACCUCUGUACUGGUGAACCUGGUAUUCAUGAUGACUUGGCUUCCUUCUUCGGCUGUGCUGUAUGAGCGCUACAUAGCAACAACCUGCAUUUACAAGCCAGAAGACUACUGGAAAAACACUGGCCAUAAGAGAGUCACCCUCUCCCUCCAUUACAUUCUCAGGGGUCUCCAGAAAACGCUGUGUGAAACCUCCAACCUGCUAUUUGAAAAGCUUCUGCCUUGCGGGGUAAUAAAGUUUCGGUACAUUUGGAUUUGCUGGUUUGCUGCCUUAGCAAUAGGAGGUGCCUACAUUUCCUGUUCCAACCCGAAACUCAAACUCCCGACUCUUGAGACGUCAUCUGUUCAGGUGUUUCGGCUGAGCCACCCCUUUGAGAGGUACGAUUCUGAGUACUGCCACCAGUUCAUGUUUGAGAGGCUAGAGCAUGGAGAAGGGCAGCAUAUGCCUGUCACAAUAGUCUGGGGCAUUCUGCCUGUGGAUAAUGGGGACCAUUUCAACCCCAAAAGCAAUGGUACCCUAGUGACUGAUGCCACCUUCACAAUCCAAAGCCCCGAUGCCCAGAAGUGGCUCCUUGAAUUCUGCCAAAAGGUGAAGAACCAAACUUUCUAUUUCCCCGAUGCAGAGCAGAAGUCUACCGUGUGCUUCAUGGAGGAGUUUAUCAGGUGGAUGGACAGUCGGCAGUGCUCCCAGCGAGACCACAGCUUCAACCUUUGCUGUAACCAGUUCUCUUUCCCUUACAGAAGCGAAGUCUUCCUGCACUGUAUCAAAAUGAUGCUCCUGGAACAAGGCAGGGAAGGGGCAGAAACGUAUGAUCUGGGCCUCAGGUUUGACGGAGAGGGAAAUCUUGCUGCCUUGGUACUGCAGUUUCAAACCAUUUAUCACUAUAGCUUCAAUUACAGCAAAGCCAAACACUUCUAUGAGGAAAUCAACCUCUGGGUAACAGAGGAAAUGAAAACUGCCCCCGUGGGGCUUCAGAAUGGGUGGUUUACCAGUAAACUAGAGCUAUACAACCUCCAGCACAGUCUGAGCACAGAAACGAUGGUGGUCAUGGGGCUCUCCAUAGCCAUUUCCUUUGUGGUGCUGCUGCUCACUACUUGGAAUGUUCUCCUCAGCAUUUUCUCUGUUACUGCCAUUGCGGGCACUGUGCUGGUAACUGUUGGCCUUUUGGUCCUCUUGGAGUGGCAGCUCAAUGCAGUGGAGUCUCUCUUCAUUUCAGCUGCAGUAGGUCUCUCUGUUGACUUUACCGUCAACUACUGCAUCUCCUAUCACCUGUGCCCCCAUUCGGACCGCCUGAGCCGAGUGGCCUUUUCCCUGAAGCAGAUGAGCUGUGCCACAGCAAUGGCAGCUUCUGCCCUCUUCUCUGCAGGGGUCAUUAUGCUGCCUGCUACGGUCCUGGCGUAUCGGAAGUUAGGGAUAUUCAUAAUGAUGAUCAAGUGUAUCAGCUGUGGGUUUGCCAGCUUCUUCUUCCAGUCACUGUGCUGCUUCUUUGGCCCAGAGAAGAACUGUGGGCAGAUCCUUUGGCCUUGUGCCCACAACAUGAAAGACUAUUCUGAUGACUCUGGGCCAAAUGGAAGCUAUGCCUGUGGGGGAAAUGAGAAGCAAAACCGACUGCGGAAGGUCCAGGAGUCCAACACUGCAAACGAACAGUACGAGCUCCAGCCUUUGUCGAGAAAACUCAGCGACAGUUUUGACAACAGCACUUCUACAAGCAAGCUGUCCAACAGGCCAUCAGUGCUCUCUGAAGACACACAGGUUGAAGAUAACAGAUGCCCAAGAAUAGGAAUGCACCCUUCCCUUGAAAGAGAGAGACAGAAUCUGCAUGAGACCCUCGGAGACCAGCAGGUUGGCCUGUGCCAGUGUCCUGCCUUGCAAACUUCCUCUCCUUACAAGCACAGCAGCUCAGGAGCAGAAAUUCACAGGGAGAGACUCUGCAGAGAUUGUCAGUGUCAAAAGUACGGUCCAAAAGCUUGGGAUGGGUCUGGGCUGGACUAUAUCCAGCCAGCUGGCAUGAAAGAAGAAGGGCAGCUCAAUAAAUCACAGUGCUCUAGUGACACUGCCCAGCAGCAGUCGGAUUAUACCUCAGACAACAGCCAUCUUCCUGCUGCUGACAUCUACAAAAUUCACAGAUGCCUUUGUUCUCUUGGCAGCUCUUUUGACAUGCUCAACAUCUCCAGUGAGACAUCGAUUAGUGAUUUUGAGCAAGGCCUAAAGCUUGCUGAAUCAGCCAGUUCUUGUCCUGAUGUCUUAGAGCUGUCUGAUUCGUACAGUCAAACAGAAAGAGGUUACUUGAACGGGAAGAGAGAUACCCUGCGGCUGGACCUGAGGGAGACAGUCUUUGAUAUCUCUCCAGCAGCAUCACAGCAAAACAGCUCUUCAUGGAAAAAUCGAUUUGGAUUAGAGAGUGAAGGCCCGGUGGUGUUACCGAACAGCCAACCAGACAUGCCUGAUGUUUGGAUCAAGCGAUCCAGUGCACAAAGUUCUGGUUACAACAGCUGAAAUCUUGCAGAAAACAAAACUGUACUGCUAGGGAAAGGGGAAGUCGAAAUCUCCUUGGAACUGUAAAUAUCACCUUUUUCCUCCCACCUCUCCUUCGGCUGAGACUAUUUCAUAGUAUAUCAGCUGUGCAAAUACCUGUGUUUUCACAGAACCAGCAAACACAAUACUAGUGAGAGGGUGCGAGAUCAAUCAUGACAGAGAACAAGCCCUUUGACCUUCCAGUGUCCUAUGCCAUGUUCACAGCUGUACUGCAGAACUUAUCGAGUAAACCUGUUUUGUCAUUUCCUAAACAGUGAUUGGAUUUUUCUUGUCAAGCUGCCUAGGAGAGACAUAAUGAGAGAGAUGAAACUCCCCAGAUAUUCAAAGACAGAGAGCUCAUGUAAAAAAAAAAAUAAAAAAUAAGGAGCCAAAACCCAAACCUGCAGCUAUAGAAAAUCUAGAUUUCAAGUGGAGUGUAUUGUUAAAAAAAAAAAAGUCUUUCAUUUUCUACUAAAUCAGAAACUGCUUUAUGUGAAGUCCAAGUUCACAGAUCUCUACAAAACCGAUAUAAAAAAAUCUCAUCAGACCUUUCAGUUGAUGCAGCCUCUUAUUGAUCAUGGAGAAGGCUGUAGAAUCAAGCCCAAAUCUAUUUUUAGGAACGGUUUCAAUUUGUUUUAUCAGACAAAUUACUGGUACUGCCAAAGAUUUUCAGUGUGAGAUUUCUCCUUUGAGAAAAGUGUCCUCGUUCCUGCAGUGAUUUGGGUGCUUUGUGUUUCGUCUCCAUAGCUUAUUUCCACUCAAGGCUACAAAGAUGUAACUUUUUAAAAUUUGCAUAUCCGAUGAAUCUUGAAUUUUACAUGUUUUUUCUCUACCAGAAACAAACAGAAAAACAGGUACUUCCUUGCCUUUGUCUGUUGAAAAAAAAAAAGACAAAACAUUCCCUCUACACGUUGACGUAAAAUAAAUGCUUAUGACAAACUUUUCUAAAUCUGUGUGAUGCUUCAUUUUCACCAAGAAUGCUGCAGUUAAUUUUCUUUAAGUGCUUAACACACUUUCCAGUAUCAUCAGCAGAAGGAAAAUAUACAUUUUAAGAGAAUCACUCCUUUUGACAUCCAGGAGUUUUCUGGGCUCUGUGGGAGACGGACCAUGACUACCUAAUGGAGAUUAGGAAUAUGCUCUUUUAAAGCUAAAACCCUUCUUGAAAUACAUAGCACAUUUCAUGACUACCUAAUGUAGAUUAGGAAUGUGCUCCUUUAAAGCUAAAGCCCUUCUUGAAAUAUAAAGCAUAUUUCAGUUUUAAAUUUCCACACUAUAGCUCUCAAGUACUGGGUGUUCGGGGCAGUGUUUUGGCAACCACAGCCGCUCCCCGGCUGUGCAGCACCGCCGACUGCAAUCCCCUCAGCACCAAAACCUCCUCCCGUUACCAUUUGCAGGGACAUCCCCCCAUUUUGAACACCCUGUUUUCACAGGUUUUUCCACAGCGAAAAGAACUUAGAAAUUUAACGACUUCACACAGCCCACUCGGGGCGGUUUGAGCCACCUCAAGCACAGGAGGCACACCCAGGGCUCAGCAGCGAGCAAAACCCCCCUGAGGGCCUCAAACACCUCCACGUCUCAGCUCCCCAACCCUCCACCCGCCGGCGCGA